UCCCCCUCUUCCAAGCCCCAACACUUCUGUCUCUUUCUCUCUCCCGUUCGUGUCUUUUGGUUUGGACGAAUUUCGUUUAUUCUUAAGGCAAGCGGUCCGAGGCGGCAGAAGCGAGAAAAUUGUGGGAAUUUUGAGUGAAAUGGUUGGUAAAGACAUUUUGAGGACAGAGGGCGUGAAGAUGUGGUUUGAGAGAGUAAUGAAUCGACUUUGGUGCUAAAGGAGUUAUAAUAUGGACGGUGGGGUGAUAGCCGGAUGGAAGGACAUUCCUAUGGAGCUCCUCUUGCAAAUUAUAUCUCUUGUUGAUGAUCGAACUGUUAUUGUGGCUUCAGGCGUGUGUCGUGGAUGGAGGGACGCUAUUUGCUUUGGACUCCUCCAUCUCUCUCUCUCAUGGUGCAAGAAGAACAUGAACAACUUGGUCCUAUCCCUUGUUCCUAAAUUUGCAAAACUGCAAACUUUAAUCUUGCGCCAAGAUAAACCCCAGCUUGCAGAUGAUGCUGUUGAUACCAUUGCUAGUUACUGCCGCGAUCUGCAGGUCCUCGACCUGAGAAAAAGUUUCAAGCUCAGUGAUCGUUCCUUGUAUGCUCUGGCUCAUGGUUGCCGUGAUCUUAAAAAGCUUAAUAUUAGUGGCUGUACUUCAUUUAGUGACACUGCAUUGGCUUAUCUAGCCAGUUACUGCAGAAAGCUAAAAGUUCUUAAUCUUUGUGGCUGCGUCAAGGCUACAUCGGACACUGCAUUGCAGGUUAUCGGACAAUACUGUAAUCAUUUGCAGUCUGUAAAUCUAGGAUGGUGUGAGAAUGUGAGUGAUGUGGGUGUGAUGAGUUUGGCGUAUGGAUGUCCUGAUCUCAGAAGCUUAGAUUUGUGUGGCUGUGUCCUAAUUACAGAUAAUAGUGUGAUUGCUUUGGCAAAUAUGUGCCCUCAUCUGAGGUCCCUUGGCCUCUACUACUGUCAGAACAUAACAGACAGAGCUAUGUACUCUUUGGCCCAUAGCAUAAAGAACAAGCCUACAAAAUGGGCACCUGGGAAAUGCAAGAACGAUCACGAUGGACUUCGAACACUUAACAUUAGUCAAUGCACAGCUCUUACUCCCCCCGCCGUCCAGGCAGUUUGUGAUUCGUUUCCAGCUCUUCACACCUGCUCGGGUCGCCAUUCUCUCAUCAUGAGUGGCUGUCUAAAUCUAAUGUCUGUGCAUUGUGCUUGUGCAGUCCAAGCUCACCGCACUGCUGCUUUUCAUCAUCCGGCUCAUUGAACACUGGAAGAAGCUUAGAGAGUAAUGUUAUUCACGAAACAACACUUUUUUGUUUGGUUAUGUACAUGUGUACCUCUGAAGAACGGGAGAUGGAACGUAUGAAGACUUUGUUCUAUCUGUUUCCCCGUUGGACAUUUCUAUGCCAAGCCUACGUUGUUAGAGACAUGCUUGGUUAGUUGUGGAAAUGCCUUGAAAUAUAUAAAUUUCAUAAGUAUACUUUUGGACAGAAAACUGCAACAGGUCACCCAACAAUUGGUGAAGCAAAAAAAUACUCGCCUUUUGACACGAGGCUACUGUUAGGGAAGCUGUGACUAAAUAAAAAUUGGAGGCUUGUUCUCUAGUGAAUGUUGGAACUGAGAAGGAUUAUUUUCAGAACAAAAUCAUACAUCAUGCUUAUUUGAUACCUCA